GCCAUUCUGUCAUUCGUGUAUACCUUUUAUCUUAUUUCACAGUCAUAAUAAACAUUUUUAGAACAGUUUUUUUUGUUAAUUACUUAUUACAAAUAAUAUUAGUAUUAUAAAUAUAUACUUGUAAUUGCCAUUCGUUGUCAUGUCUGUCUUUGACGGAGAAAUUGAGUUUCAAUCAGUGUAUAUGACCGAUUACGGAAAGAAGAAUAAGCCAAAAAGUCCUCGCCGUAAAGCUAUAGAUGAUAAUUGUUUGAUCGUCGGACUGAGUAGAGAUGCACUCAAAGCUAAGGACGUCCCUCGACGUUGCCCGGAUAUUCUGUGUCCCAUUGACCAUGAAUAUUACAAGGAUUCAGUAAAGAGGUUCGCAGAAGAUUAUCCAAAGCUAACAAAGAUAUAUAUGUCUAAAGAUAUAGACCCUACACCUAUAGAACACGAGAUGCAGGAUCUGAAGAGGACAGAGUAUUUGACUAAGUAUUGCGCUAGAGAGCUACCAUUCAUGUCUGCGAAUCUGGCGCGUCGAGCUCGUGCUCUGCAAACCCUGCGUCUCCCUGAUGACGUUUAUAUACCAGAUACCAGCCAGCUUAGCUCCUACCGCCACCCCAAGCCGGAGAAGUACGCUGAACACCCCUCCACCAUGUCCAUGAGACCAAAGUUUGAUCCAUCAUUGCAAAAGGAGCUUCGUCGCAUUUUGCGCGUGCGCACCGGCGAUACCACGUACGGCGCGUGCCACGGGUUACUAGGACAAGUGGUGCUGGAGAAGAAUCCAUUUGGUCCACCUCGCAAAGAACCCAAAUAUGGCAGAUGGCUGAAUCCGUAUAUUUACACCUAUAGAAUUUAGUGAAAUUAUACGAUUAUGAAUAAAUAUU